UGGAAUUCGAAAUGUGCCGUUCGGACGAGCUCAGACAGACCUGGGAAACAUGAACCCCGUCGCUUGUCUUCGUCUUCGAGCGAGCGCCGCCACCGCUCCCUUCCCAUCCCGCUGCCGAGCAGCGCCCCAGCCCCUUCGCUCCGUCUCUCGUCUUCCUCCUCGUGCGAGCGCCUCCGCCGCAGCAGAAGCGCCGUGUCGCCCUUGUGACAAGGAUCGGAGGAGCAACAGGGACUUGCUGCAGCAACUUGGUGCUGCGCUCCCCUGUGGUGCGACGGCGUGGUUGAGUUUCGCGGAGUCUGCACAGUCUAGUGAAGGGGGGGCAACGUUGAACAUGGUUUACGAGGUCGGGGAGCUGUUUGAGCUGGGGAUCCAGCUUUCUUAUCUGCUCAUACUGCUCGGUCUGCUUGGGACCGGCACCUUCUUCGUCAUCCGUCAGGUUCUCGUCCGCAGAGAGCUUGAUCUUUCUGCCAAGGACUUGCAGGAACAAGUGAGAAGCGGUUCUGGAAGCGCUACUGAACUAUUUGAGCUUGGAGCAGUCAUGCUACGGAGAAAGUUUUACCCUGCAGCUAUAAAAUAUCUACAGCAAGCAAUUCAAAAAUGGGACAGAGAUGAGCAAGAUCUUGCACAGGUGUACAAUGCCCUGGGGGUGAGCUACAAGCGAGAGAACAAACUCGACAAGGCAAUCAAGCAAUUUGAGAAGGCCGUGGAGCUCCAGCCAGGCUACGUGACGGCGUGGAACAACCUUGGCGAUGCAUACGAGCAGCAGAAGGACCUCAAGUCAGCCCUGAGGGCAUUCGAGGAGGUACUGCUCUUUGAUCCAAACAACAAGGUUGCGAGGCCGCGUCGAGACGACCUGAAGUCGCGUGUGGGCAUGUACAAGGGGGUACCAGUGAAAACUACAGAUAAGCGAUAGCCUGCAAUGCUGAAUCCAAACAAAAUAACGGUUUCCUCAGUUUUGAACAGUAGCAUUUGUGAACCUGAUGAGAAAGCUGUUUGUAUGUAGCAUUGGCGGUGUGUGAUCCCUCUGAACUGAACUGCUGGUUGUAGAAUUUGCUUUCGGGGUCAGCAUUACUCAUCUAAGCAAUGUCAGAGACACAUUGAGAUAGCCAAAGUAUAUAUCUUCCCACUAACUGUUAUUUCUA